AUGCCAGCGCUGGUUGAAGGAAUAACAGCUGAAGAAAUUCAGGAAGAGUUGAUUUUUCUUGACAAUGAUUUAGUCAACGAUUUGACAUACUAUAAAUCAGCAGUAGAUGAUAGGGACUACACAAUGAGUGUAUAUAAGGUCGUGAAAUUGCCAAUUAGAGAACUCAAAGCUUCAGACUGCCACUCCCUCGAUGGAAAUAAUUGGGUGACAAAUUUUGUCUUGGACAUUGUUCUCAAUUUAUUUGACGAAACAAGUGCAUUUCAAAUAAUACCAAAGGAAACAGCUUCAUAUAUAUUCAAUGAAUCAUCAGGUAAUGUAACAGAAUAUUUCUUGCGGAAAGUACGAAUUAUCAAAGAUCGCAUCGCGAUGGCAGUUCGAAUCAAUGGAAACCACCACUGUGUGGUAUAUAUUGACUAUGAGUCGAAAAGGUUCAGUUUCAUUGAUCUAUUUACCACUAGUGGAGCCGAAGCCACAGUUUAUUUGAAGAAAUAUAGGGAAUUUAUGAGGACCUAUGAUAAAUAUUUUGAAAACGAUACGAGGGACGCUGAUAACCUGAUUUACAUUUACGGCCAUUACAAACAGAAAGAUUCUCACAACUGUGGACCAAUAAUCUUGGAUUUGUUCCAUAAAAUAAUUCACAAUGAAAAUAUGUAUCAAGAACCAGGCUUCCACCCUUAA